CAUGUAACAGUAAAUGUGUGAGAGCGUGGCGAGCUGUUCGAUUUAUUGGAAUUGGAAGUGGUUGUGUUUAUCGGUAUCUUCUUCUUCCAGAAGUUGCUUCUGCUACGCACAGACUUGGUGCUCGAGCUUUGUGUUCGACUUCGACCGGCGAUGGAAGAAAUCUACGGAGUGCCGAUGUCGGCGGACUACUCCGACAAGGCCUUGAUGACGCCGGAGAACCUCAUAUUCGCCACCGAUUACCAGAGUUUUCUCCCGUCCUCCUCCGGCGGCUUCCAUGAUCGGAAUCCGAUGUUCGGAUCUAACGACCUGCUUUCUGCCAUUUCCGAAGCUGAGCCGCCGUCUGUCGCCCCUGAAAUUCAACCUGAAGACAGUGCCUCCUCUCUCAUCAAAGCCAAAAUCGCUUCUCAUCCUCACUACCCUCGUCUCCUCCAUGCUUUCAUCGACUGCCAGAAGGUGGGAGCGCCUCCAGAAAUCGCGUGCCUGUUAGACGAAAUCCAGCGGGAAAACGAUGUCUGUAAGCGAGAGGUUGUUUCCACGUGCUUCGGUGACGAUCCCGAGCUCGACGAGUUCAUGGAAACCUAUUGCGACCUGCUGAUGAAGUAUAAGUCUGAUCUUUCCCGGCCGUUUGACGAAGCAACUACUUUCCUCAACGAGAUCGAAAUCCAGCUCAGCCAUCUCUGCUCUGGUGCUCCCGUUCCAACUCUUUCCGAUGAAGGAGGCGUGUCUUCAGAGGAAGAUGUAAGUGUAGGAGAUAGGGGUGCACGAGACGGUCGAUUGCGGGGGGAAGACCGGGAGCUGAAGGACAGGCUUUUAAACAAGUUUGGUAGCCGUAUUAGCAGUUUGAAAUUAGAGUUCUCGAAGAAGAAGAAGAAGGGCAAGCUCCCUAAAGAGGCUAGGCAAACGCUUCUUGACUGGUGGAAUGUUCACUAUAAAUGGCCUUACCCUACGGAAGCUGAUAAGAUAGCACUGGCAAAGACGACGGGGCUGGAUCAGAAGCAAAUAAACAAUUGGUUUAUUAAUCAAAGGAAGCGUCAUUGGAGACCUUCGGAGAACCUGCAGUUCUCUGUCACGGAUACUCUAACCGGAGGAUUCUACUCGGAUCAUGUAUGAAGCCCUGGUACGUGUACAUUGACGUUGUAUUCUUCUUCUUAAUUCCUCAUAUUGGUGGCUUCCAUUACCCUCUGUAAAUUGUAAAAUGCACCAGCAUUGAACCACUUACAUUUCUCCUCAAGAAUGGGAAAUGCAUUAUUAUAAUUUGCUUCCUCUGUAAUUUUUUUAAAUGAAAAAUAACCUCAGACAAUGUUGCUUAUGCCUUUUCAAUUUUAACCUGAUAGCCCCGCGGGCCAAAGUGUAUGUACAUUGUAUAUUUUUGAAAAUGAAGGAGGUUUUCACACA